AUGCCGGAACAGCCAAACGACUAUAGAGUUGCAGUUUUCGGCGCGAGUGGAGUGGGCAAAAGCUCUCUCGUUUUGCGUUUCGUAAAAGGGACAUUUCGAGAGGCCUACAUUCCAACAAUUGAGGAUACCUUUAGACAGGUAAUAAGCUGCAAUAAGCAAGUAUGCACCCUCCAAAUAACAGAUACCACAGGCAGCCAUCAAUUCCCAGCCAUGCAGCGUUUGAGCAUAUCCAGAGGUCAUGCAUUUAUGUUAAUCUACUCAAUAACAAACCGUGUAUCUAUCGAUGAACUAAUCCCAAUUUACGAGGAGGUUGUGAGAAUAAAAGGACAAGCUGCAAUGCAAUCGAUUCCCGUCAUGCUUGUUGGCAAUAAAUCCGACGAAGAAGAAACUAGCAGAGAAGUUCCAACAAAUCAGGGUGAAGAAUUAGCUCGAAAAUGGAAUUGUGGAUUUAUGGAAACCUCAGCCAAAAAUAACCUUAAUGUUAAAGAAGUCUUCCAAGAGUUACUUCGUAUGGAGACUCGACAGAAUAUGACACUGGUUGGAGAUAGUUCUGAUUCUAAGAGCUUUCUUAAAUGUUUCCGCUUUCUGCGACACGGUAGCACACAGAGGAGUCCUAAAAGUAGUAAGAGCAACGCGAAGUCGGUUCCCGCAACAACCACUACCUGA